GCAUCCCAGCCCUCAGCUUGGGCAGAUCGUGGACGCUGAUCGCCUCGUUAGCGCAGGCGAGACGAAUGAAGAUGCCACUAUGCCGAUGUUUGAACUACAGCUUCAAGCUCUGCAUUCUCGUCAUUUUCUAUCUUGAAAACGGCAGCAUUCUGGUCUCUGGAAGAGCGAAACAAACAUCUGCUCAGCGUCAUGUGGAGAAUAUACCAUUUCUCAAUCAGGCAGGUCAAACAAGGUCGUUGCUAUUACGGAGUCCUACUGUAUUCACCGCGAUGAUUCGGCCUCUACAUUACCUUUACCUCAUAUGUUGUGAUCUUGUUACUGUCUAUAGCUUACAAGCAAUUGCAACUUACAGGAACGGUGCUGUGGAUACUGAACAAGUGCAACUACGACUAUCUUGCAAGCACAGGAACAUGUCAGCACCAUGCCAUGUGUGCUUUAUUGGGCAAAGCGGACCGAGCCGGAAUGUAAAAUUUGUCCGUUGGGUACGAAGACAGACUUUUACGGAGACAAAUUCUAUGGAUCGGGAGUUUACAGACACGAAGUUUUACCAAGCAAUCUUCAUGACACGCUAUCUUCAUGACACAAACUCUCACUAGCGCUGGCCAGAUGCUUGCGAAAGCCUUGUCCUUUGCGAUACCACGCCCAGCAGUGCCAUAUACUUGGCAACUCAGAGGGCUGUUUACUUUUCCCAGCCCUCAGCCGAGAACCCCUAUAGAAUGAAAAGGUUCAAGACCACGGGAGCUUCUAUCGAUGAGACUC